AUGGGUAUAACCGACGAUUCAGCUUCUGGAAAAGAUCAGGUUCUAUCUCCCUGGCAGAUUGAAGCUCUGAUUGCCAAGGGUCAGUCGAUAGUCAUAGUGGACCAGAAGGUGCUUCGUGUCGACACAUGGCUCCCUUACCACCCCGGCGGCCACAAGCCCAUCCAACAUUUCAUUGGGAAGGAUGCGACAAAUGAGUUCAUGGUGAUGCAUUCAGCCGAAACUCGCCAGCAGAUCGACCGCUACCAGAUUGGAAGGAUUAAAGGACGGUGGCGUAACUUCGUCCCUCCCAUUCAGGGAGGCCAAAUUUGGGAAAAAGGGGAGAAGACACCUCAAACUGAUGUCGAUGGCUUGAAUAAUAUCCACGAGCACCAUGCCUGUCUCGAAGGUCUUCCCCAGCUAUCACACGAGCGCAACACCCCCGAAGAGCUAGCCUUCCUGAACGCCCAAACCAAAGAGGAAAUUAGCUUGACCUUAGAUCAAUAUCCCCCCCUGGACACGCCUACACAGUCCAAUAUCAUCGAGAAAUACCGUCUUCUGUACGAGCAGAUUCACUCAGAAGGGCUCUACGAAUGUCACUAUACCGCUUAUCUCUGGGAACUCGGCCGCUGCGGACUUCUCUUUGCCAUUAUGCUAUUCUUUCUGCACAUUGAAUGGUACUGCAUCAGCGCAAUCUUCCUAGGGUGGUUCUGGUCGCAGUUGGUCUUUUCUGCUCAUGAUGCAGCCCACAUGGCCAUUACGCACGACUUUUUUAUCGACAACCUCAUCGGAAUGAUCAUCGCCGCCCCCAUCGGUGGACUAUCAUUGGGAUGGUGGAAGCGUACGCACAACGUCCAUCAUCUCGUCACUAACUCGCCCGAACACGACCCGGACAACCAACAUCUCCCUUUCCUGGCCGUCAACCACCGGUUUCUAGGGAGUCUCUUCUCCACCUACCACGAGCGCCUGAUGCCUUACACAGCCCUCGCCAAGCGGCUCGUCCCCUACCAGGCGUACCUCUACUACCCCCUUCUGAUGUUUGGGCGCUUCAACCUCUACGUUCAAUCGUGGCUGUACCUCGCCUAUGGCCAAGGACCCCGCAAGGGCCUGGCGUGGUGGCACCGCUAUUUUGAGAUUGUGGGCAAUCUCAUCUUCUGGGCUUGGUUCGGGUACGGGAUCGUCUACCGUUCCCUCCCCACGGCUGGGAUUCGGUUCCUGUAUGUGCUGAUCAGCCAUGCGGUGACCAUGCCGCUGCAUGUACAGUUUACUCUCUCACACUUUGCCAUGUCGACUGCAGAUCUGGGCCCGGGGGAGUCGUUCCCGCAGCGUAUGCUCCGCACGACGAUGGAUGUGGACUGUCCGGAGUGGUUGGACUGGGUGCAUGGGGGACUGCAGUUCCAGGCUAUCCACCAUCUGUUUCCGCGGGUGCCCAGGCAUAAUCUGCGGCGGGUGCAGAAGUUGGUGUUGGCGUUCUGCCGGGAGGUGGGCAUUCCAUAUGCCUUAUACGGGUUUGUGGGGGGCAAUCGGAAGGUGGUGGGCAGUUUGGCCGAGGUGGGAAGACAAGCGGCGAUAUUGGGUGAAUGUAGGAGGGUCGUGGCCGGUAGAAUUAGGCGACCGCAUAGACAUUAA